AUGGCACCAGUUGCAAAAUCUAAUGGCGAUGCACAAGAGGUGAAGAAGCGCGGUCGACCCAAAGGUGCCAGAAACAAGUCUACCCUCCUUUCGUCCCUGGCACUGGCACCGAAAUCAAAGGCGAUCGGCGAAGUGCAGAAGAAGCGUGGUCGGCCCAAGGGAGCAAAGAAUAAGUCGACUGUUCCAUCGGCUAAAACGGUGAAGAAAACUGCAAAGAAAAGUUCUCCAGACACGAAGGUCGGCGGGAAACGAGGUCGACCCAAAAUGAAGACGGACGCAGAAUAUCCGAUGAAAUUCGUCGACCUCGUCCUCGCGGCUUUCCAAGCUCUGGAUAACCGCAAAGGAACAUCCCUUCAGGCAAUCAAGAAAUACCUCCGGGAGAAUGAAGGAAUUGAUGCGCAGAGGAAGGCCAUUUACAUCAACAAGUCUGUCCGAAAGUUGACCGAGGAUGGGACGUUGCGCCAUCGUGUAGGAAUUGGCGCCAGAGGAACCUUCAAACUGGCUUCUGCGUAG